AUGGCCUCCUUUCAUUUUGCUCGUCAUCCAGUGCGAACGACAGUAUCUUUUGUCAAAGCUGCAUGUCUGGUCCAUCUUGGCAUCACAUACGGUUACACCAUCAGUCCUGCUCAAGGGCCAUCUAUGCUACCAACCUUUACGGUUGAUGGUGAUUGGAUAUUGUGUGAUCACACACGUCGCUAUGGUCGCGGUGUUUCCGUAGGCGAUCUGGUUGUCUACCGCAUUCCCAUCUUCAACAAUCAAUGGGGAGUGAAGCGCGUGACUGGCAUGCCAGGAGACUAUGUCUCUGUUGGAACUCCAGGUGAACAAGGAGAAGACUUGAUGAUUCAGAUCCCCGAGGGCCAUUGUUGGAUUUCAGGAGAUAACCUUCCAGCGUCAAGAGAUUCGCGUCACUUUGGUCCUUUGCCCUUGGCCCUCAUCUCCGGCACCACUAUCGCCAAAAUUCUACCCUGGAAUGAGCGCCAGUGGAUGAAGAGUGGGUUAGAAAAGGUUGAUGAGCUGGAUUGA